AUCUUUUACAAAUAACUGAAACAUAUUAUUGCAGAUGUCUUCAUAUAUUCUUUUUUUCAAAGCAAAGAAGUAGUCGAAGAAAAACCUGGCUAUAAACAUAAUCAAGAUGACUUCCAUGGAAAAACGGCUCCAAAAGGAGCUCCAAGCUAUGACUAAAGAUCCGCCUGCUGGUGUCAGUGUUAACACAGACCUGUUGAGCUCCAACCUUUCUGAGUGGGUAGUUGAUAUUGAAGGUGCUCCAGGUACUCUUUAUGAAUCAGAAAGAUUUCAAUUAGGUUUCAAAUUCACAUCUCGCUAUCCUUUCGACUCACCGCAGGUAAUGUUUCUUGGGCCCAACAUUCCAGUCCAUCCACACAUCUACAGUAAUGGUCAUAUAUGCUUGUCCAUAUUAACAGAAGAUUGGUCGCCUGCAUUGUCUGUUCAGUCUGUAUGUCUCAGCAUUGUUAGUAUGCUAUCUAGUUGUAAAGAAAAGAAAUUACCUCCUGAUAAUGCUUUAUAUGUAAGAACGUGCAGCAAAGAUCCUAAAAAAACAAGAUGGUGGUAUCAUGAUAACUCUGUAUGAUGACAACAAUCUUUUAGACAUUUCAUUCCUGGACCUUCUACCAAGAUUCUGUUUUCAUUUUUUAAAGUAUUUUUUUAUUUAUUCUGUUUAUCUUCUUGUUGAAAAAUCAAUUGGAAAACUGUUUAAAAAGGCUGAGAGAAGCUUUCUUGUGAUUUCUUCUUGAAUACAUCCGAGAAAAGAAUUCAAUAUUUGGGUUUGGGAUUUAUCUGUGAUUUUCUUUUAAAUCUGGAAGGAUUGUUUUGUGCACUGCCUCACAUAAUACUUUCAAUGCAUAGUAUGUUUAGAUCUUUUAAUAGAAAAGUCAAAUUAUUUACAAGUGGUGGGUAUUAAUAGCCAAAAAAAAAUAUCAAAACAAAUUUUAUAGUAUAAAUAAAAAAGGAAAAUGACAAUCUUAAUCUAAAAUUAACAUGUUUUACUUUGUCAUUAUAAUUAGUCCUCAUUUAUAUCUCAGCUAUUUGUACAUUUCCCAAAAAUAAUUGUGGCUACGAAAAAAAAUACUUCUAGUUUGUUAUUGAAGAAUAGUUUUUCCUAGUCAUCGCUAAAUGUUUCAAUCUAAAUACUACCUUGUUAUCAGGGAAUGCUUGUAACUAUUGAAGUAGUUGUUUUAAACCAAAAGCCACCACUUCAUUGCAACUAUUUGUUAAACAUAUGUAGAUAAUUACCUAAGAUACAAUUAAAAUCCAAUGUAAUUGUGGAAGCAAAAGUACUAAACAAAUGAAAUAAAUCAAUCUAAACCAUCUUGUAGUGUGUUAUACAACUUUCAUUGAAAUGCUGCAUUUUUUGUAAUGUAAUUAAUUCUACAUUCUUUAUUGUAUAUAUAUUAAGACUUGAGUAAGUAGAAACAAAAAAAAACAACACAAGAAGUGCAAUGCAACUUUUUUUUUUUUAUGUCAAAUAGUUAACAUACUAAAAAAAAACAACAACUAGCAGUCAAAUUUGAUAUAGUGAACUACACAGCACUGUCCAGGUGUAGCCUGAUUACAAAACUUAAUGACUAUUUUGGUACUUAAGUAUUCAUGAGAAUCAAGUUUGACUGUUUUGUUAUGAAUACGUAUAUUAUGUUUUAUUUUUCAAUAUAUUCACUUUUGGUUUAUCCUAAUUAUAUAGAUUUGUAUCAUACUUGUAUCAUUCAUUCAAAUGAAUGUACCUAUUCACAAGCAAUAGAACAUGUUCAUUAUGAGAAGUUAAACCUAUGUAGCCCAUGUGCACUGAAGAAGACAAAAAAAAUCUUGAUGCAAUAUCAGUGACCAUUGUUAUACUACUGUGUUAUAUUUGUUAAUACUUGUAAUUACUCAUUGCACUUUUAUCUUCAAGAACUGACUGUAUGUUGUCACUUUUGUUUUGUUUUUCAUGUCAUGUGUGAGACUUAUCUCAUCUGGUGUACAGUUUUUUUUUUUUUUUUCAAUUCUUACAAUUGUAUAAAGCUGACAAUUUUUAAGCACCACAUGUACUCUGACUCACUUGUGUUUAGGUUGAAUUUCAAUUGAUAAGUAGUGUUCCCAACCCCCUUAAAGAAAUUUUUUUUUUCUUAUAAGGCAUAAAAGUCAUUUAGAGAUCCCACUUAGUUUUUGAACCCACAUGAAAUCACAAGCUAGUAAUGUUAUCCCACACAGCUUUUAGUGAUUACACAUCUUGAGUUAAAUAACAGGCAGUACCAUUAAAGUUCUACCUUACCUGACAGCCCCAGUCUAUAAGUGUGUAGCUUUUUACAUUAUAGACUAAUCAUCUAUAUUGGAGCUUUUUUUUUUUAAAAAAAAAAAGAAACCUUGCUGGACUUAGUUCUAAUCUGACAUAAGCUACAAAUUAAGAAUUUCAAAGUAUAAACAAGUGAUGUUUGUGAUGGUUUUGACUUGUUGGCUUAUAGGUUUAAUUUUUUUUUUUUUAUCCAUCAGGGAUUCUCCUAUUUCAUAUUUGUUGUACUCUUCUAUGCUUAUUAUGUAUUUCAAGUUUAAGUUGAAUAGCCCAAAAAAACAUAGAACCAAAUUCACAUUUUUGUGAUGGAUGUGAGUCAGUUUUGAGUCUGACAAAAAAAUUAUUUAUUUAAUGCUUUCUUUGCAAUGAUGAAUAAUUGAGCAUAGAAUCAUAUUUCUUGAAACCCUUGAGAUACAGAACUUGUCAUUAAUUGAGGAUAGAGAAGGAUGUUCUUCAAAAUCAUUAAAUUACAGAACUUGUCAUUUUUCCUUAAGGACUUGUAAGAAGCUCCCAUCUGAAAAUUCGGCACUGCAAUGUCAAAUUUUGUCCAGUUUCAUCUCCUAACCCUAUCAAUCUAGUUUUAGCUAAUUGUAUGUAAGUAAUGACCUAUAUAAAAGUUAAACAUUUCAACUGCUGUAGAAAACUGCCCCCCCCCCCCCCCCAUUCCUCUUUUUUGUUUGUUUACUAUUUAGUUUUGAAAAGAAAUUUUUGUUUCUUAUUUGUUUUAAGAUGACUGAAUAAUUAGUUAGAACUGUGUAUUAUGUUUUUUUUUUAAUAUUAUUUUGCGUUUUUUUUUAAAAACUUUUUUUCCCUUAUGCGUUACCUAAACAAUCAAUUUCUUGAGAAUUAAACUUGUAUCACAACUUGUAUCAUAUGAACAAAAAGAAAGUAUGUAGUACAUGUAUUUACUUUAGAGCUAAGAUCCCUACAAAAUAAAGUCACCAGCUCCAUAACUCCAUGCCUGAUCUGUUGAGCUUUUGUAAAUAGAAAAUAAAAAAAAAAAAUGGCAAUAUUAAA